UUCAUCCAACCAAAAUAGUUUAACUUUCUUCCUCAAACAUUUUUAAUUUCAUUAAACACCAACAGUCAAAUCCAACACAAUUCCACGUUCCAUAAACAACAAUAUUAAGAAAACAGACAUUUAUAUUUCUAUAUUUUAGCCAAGAUUCAUGCUAUGUAUGUUCCUCUUGAAGUCACAAUGUUUUAGGAAAAGAUAGGACCAGGAAGAGAAUUCCGGAGAAUCAAAACUCUUACAAGGAAGAAUUGUUUGCUUUAAAACUUUUAUACAAUAUCACAUGAACAAAUGUAUGGUUCACCACAUUUCUGAAAUAACAUUGAAUAUAAUUAAUUAAAUGUAUGCACGCAGUUUCUUUAUAGAAAUCUUCCUGGUUUUGUAAUGAAGAAAAGAUAUUGGUCAGAAAAUAGAACAUGAAAUCCAAUACAAACUAAUACUUGUCUUUUCUACAUUUUACCAUUAGUGUGAAAUUUCAUUCAAUUGAUACAGUUUAGCUUUCUUCCUUGUACAUUUUUAUUUUCAUUAAACAACCAGCAGUUAAAUCGAACACAAGUUCACGUUCCAUCAACAACAAUAUCAACAAAACAUUUACAUUUUUAUAGUUUAGCCAGGAACCUUUUAUCUAACAUGGCUGAUGUAGUUCAUCCUGUCAUCAUUGAUAAUGGAUCACAUACAUGUAAAGCUGGCUUUGGAGGUGAUCCUGAACCAAGAAUUGUCAUUCCUUCAGAAGUUGGUUAUCCUAAUGUGCCGGAUGAAAUGAUUGGAAAUGAACUCAAAGAUUACUACAACAAAAAGGACUUUGAUUACAAGUUUGUUCUUGAUUUGAAGCAUUCUAUUGAACGUGGUGUUAUUACCAACUGGGAUGAGAUGGAGAAGAUUUGGCAGUAUAUAUUCCACAAGUUGGAAGUUGCACCUGAGGAAAACUCUAUCUUGUUGACUGAGGCUGUUCAUAAUUCUAAGGUCAACAGAGAAAAGAUGGCCGAAAUUAUGUUUGAAAAGUUUAAUGCUCACACAUUACGUAUUACUAAUCAGGCUUUACUGUCCAUUUUUGCUUCUGGUCAUAGCACAGGUAUGUCUGUGGAUGUAGGUCAUGGCAUCACCCAAAUUGUCCCUGUCUAUGACGGGUCAAUUAAACGAGAUGCUGCUGUCCAGUGGGAUUUUGGUGGUGUGGACAUGACAGAUUACCUUACGAGUAUGUUGACUUUACCUGGCAAUUCCUUUGACAGUCAUUCUCAGACGGAAACUGUCCGUAACAUCAAAGAGAAGUGCUGUUAUGUUGCUCUAGACUUUGAACAGGAAAUGCAGACUGCAGCCUCUGAGAAAUAUAGAUUACCUGACAAGCAAGCCAUUACCAUUGGCAAUGAACGAUUCCGAACGCCAGAAGUUAUGUUCCAGCCAAGUUUAAUUGGUAAGGAAUCUGAUGGCAUUCAUAAACUGAUUUAUAACUCAAUCAUAAAAUGUGAUAGGGAUAUUAGGAAAGGCAUGUUUGCCAACAUUGUAUUGUCUGGUGGUUCGACAACAUUCAAAGGUUUUGAAGAGCGUAUGAAGAAGGAAAUCAGUUCUAUCACAGCAGAUUCCACAAGGAUUGAGGUCGUUCAUCCAAGAGGAUGGUGGCCUGGAGAUGCAGAAUUGACUUCUCUGCUUACCUCUAAUGACUUAUCAAUUAGCAAAGAAGAAUAUUAUGAACAAGGCACUCAAAAGUGACCUGACAGGACAUAUAUACAUACAUACAUACAUACAUACAUACAUACAUACAUACAUACAUACAUACAUACAUACAUACAUACAUACUUACAUAUAUGGCAAGUGUCAUAGGCCAGUUAACUGUUUAACAUUCAGACCGUCCUUGACAAUCACCAGGGGAUAUUAAGGAACACCUACUAGCCCUUUCAAUAUCAACCCACUUGAGACAACCACCUGCUUCUAUGUUAAAAUCUUUCUAUUUUAAAGUGAGUUCCAUUAAAAAGUUCCAUGUUAAUAUAUGUUCAAAACACCAGCAUCAUAACGACAAAGUUAUUUUACUAAAUUCUUAUUUUGAAACUUAAUUUUAACAAAACCAUUUUAUUUUACUAAAUAAAAUUUAUUAAAUUCUUCCCUAUUUUCUUAAUUAACAGAAAGAAAGUUGAGGUAUUUCAAUAGAAGUAUGAUAACAAAACUGCUAAUAAUGACAGAGUUAUUUUACAAAAUUCUUCGUUAUUUUUGUAUGUUAGCAAAUGGUUCACAUAUUCUGUCUGCAAUAUUCCAAUUUGGAAUCUAUUCACAUUAUUAUUGGGUUGGUGCAUAAUUAUUGCGGCUUUUUUCAACAAAAGCAAUAACAUGUAAUAAAAACAUUUUUAAAUAAUUAUCCUGGAGCAUAGUCACCAUCUACUUCAAUUACUGCUUCCCAUUUGCUUGGCAGACGGUCAGACCAUCAUUUAAAGAUGCUUUUGUUAAAUAUUGUUAUUGAUUUUGUUAAAUAAAAUUCGUUGAAAAAAAGCCGCAAUAAUUAUGUACCAACCCGAUAUAAGUUUCUUAUUAAUAGUGUUGUGAUGUUGCCCUAAACUGCCAUGUAACCAUAAAAUUUGGCUAAAAAUUACUUUUUGUGGGAUCUGAACUUUAAUAAAGAAUUUUUUUAAAAAA